AUGGACUCCGACGACGACCUGCCGCCUGUUCUCGUCGACACGGCCGUCGGAGCGGACGAGAACGACGCAGAGCAUGGGCCCAAAGUGCCUUUGACGAUCGUGACGGGAUAUCUGGGGGCGGGCAAGACAACGCUGUUGAACUACAUCUUGACAGCAGAACAUGGCAAGAAGAUUGCUGUAAUUAUGAACGCUUUGGACAUUGAAAAGUCCUUGACAAUAAACAGAAACGGCGAGUCCGUCGAAGAGUGGCUGGACGUUGGUAACGGCUGUAUUUGCUGCUCAGUCAAAGACACCGGUGUCAACGCUAUUGAAUCGCUAAUGGCCAAGAAGGGCAAGUUCGAUUACAUCCUGCUCGAGACGACUGGCCUUGCCGAUCCGGGAAACCUGGCACCGCUCUUCUGGAUGGACGACGGCCUCGGCAGCUCGCUGUUCCUGGACGGCAUUGUCACGCUGGUCGAUGCCAAGAACAUUUUGCGGAAUCUUGAUGAGCCCGAGGGCACUGAUCAGACGGAGGACCACAACCAUGCAGUUGAGCACGGGCCACUGAUGACGACGGCACACGUCCAAAUCUCCCACGCCGAUGUAAUUGUUAUCAACAAGUCGGAUCUCGUCGAUGCGGACGAGCUGGCCCGCGUCAAGGCGCGCAUCGAGUCGAUCAACGGCCUGGCGCGCAUUCACGUCACGUCCCAGAGCGCCGUACCACAGCUCGAGGGCGUCCUUCUUGACCUGCACGCGUACGAAACGGCUGAGGCGGUCGAGCGUGCUGUGCACCAAAACCACCACAGCCAUUUGGACCCGUCAAUAUCGACAAAAGCUAUCGACCUCGGCGUCCUUGAUGCGGCACAGGUUGCCAAGGUCGACGAGUGGCUGCGGUCGGUGUUGUGGGAGAGCCAACUGCCCGAUCCUGCUGGCGGGCCAAAACAGGGCGGUCGCAACGACCCGAUCAGCUUCGAGAUACACCGCACCAAGGGCCGUCUCGUGCUCAACAACGGCUCGGACAAGGUUGUCCAGGGCGUUCGGGAGCUAUUUGAGAUUUUCGACGCUCCGGCACCCUCACUCGCGGAAGAAGCAGCAGGCCAGUCAACCGCCGCGCCCGAGUCGAGCAAGCUGAUAUUUAUUGGGCGGAGGCUUGACCGGUUCGACUUUGAAAAGAGCAUAUUGAGUGCCAUACGGAUAUAG